AUGCGGAAGAGAUGGGCCUGCUGGAGCGGAAGUGACGCUUCCGGCGGCGGCUACGGGAGGAGGAGGAGGAGCCGGAGGAAGAGGGCUGCCUCUGAAGAAAGGAGAAUGGCGUUCAGCAAAGGAUUUCGAAUCUAUCACAAAUUGGAUCCCCCACCUUUUAGUCUCAUAGUGGAAACUAGGCAUAAAGAAGAAUGUCUCAUGUUCGAGUCGGGAGCUGUGGCCGUGCUCUCUUCUGCAGAAAAAGAGGCAAUCAGGAGUACAUACUCCAAAGUAAUGGAUGCAUAUGGACUUUUAGGUGUUUUACGAUUAAAUCUUGGUGAUACCAUGCUACAUUAUCUGGUCCUGGUCACAGGAUGUAUGUCUGUUGGAAAAAUUCAAGAGUCUGAAGUUUUCCGAGUUACUUCCACCGAGUUUAUAUCACUUCGAACUGAUUCAUCAGAUGAGGAUCGCAUUUCAGAAGUACGAAAAGUUUUGAAUUCAGGAAACUUUUAUUUUGCAUGGUCUGCAUCUGGAAUCAGCUUAGAUCUGAGUCUUAAUGCACAUCGUAGCAUGCAAGAACACACAACUGAUAAUAGAUUUUUCUGGAAUCAAUCUUUGCACUUGCAUCUUAAACAUUAUGGUGUUAAUUGUGAUGACUGGUUAUUACGCCUGAUGUGUGGUGGAGUAGAAAUCAGAACUAUUUAUGCUGCUCACAAACAGGCAAAGGCUUGCCUCAUUUCACGACUAAGCUGUGAACGAGCUGGGACCAGGUUUAAUGUACGAGGAACAAACGAUGAUGGUCAUGUCGCUAAUUUUGUAGAAACAGAGCAGGUUGUAUACUUGGAUGACUCUGUUUCUUCCUUCAUACAAAUUAGAGGAUCUGUUCCAUUGUUCUGGGAACAACCAGGUUUGCAAGUGGGAUCCCAUCGUGUCCGUAUGUCAAGGGGAUUUGAAGCCAAUGCACCUGCGUUUGACAGGCAUUUUAGAACACUUAAGAAUUUAUAUGGUAAACAAAUCAUAGUAAAUUUGCUUGGGUCUAAAGAAGGUGAACAUAUGCUAAGUAAGGCUUUCCAGAGUCACUUGAAAGCUUCUGAACAUGCCACUGAUAUCCAGAUGGUGAAUUUUGACUAUCAUCAAAUGGUUAAAGGAGGAAAGGCAGAAAAAUUACAUAGUAUUCUUAAACCUCAAGUCCAGAAAUUUGUAGAUUAUGGAUUUUUUUAUUUCAAUGGAAAUGACGUUCAAAGGUGCCAGAGCGGUACAGUUCGAACAAACUGCUUGGAUUGUCUUGAUAGAACAAAUAGUGUGCAGGCAUUCCUUGGCUUAGAGAUGCUAGCUAAGCAGUUGGAAGCUCUUGGCUUAGCUGAAAAGCCUCAGUUGGUGACUCGUUUUCAAGAAGUCUUUCGGUCCAUGUGGUCUGUAAAUGGUGAUUCGAUCAGUAAGAUAUAUGCAGGAACUGGAGCACUUGAAGGGAAGGCCAAGUUAAAAGAUGGUGCUCGUUCUGUUACUCGAACAAUUCAGAACAACUUCUUUGACAGCUCCAAGCAAGAGGCCAUUGACGUUUUACUGCUGGGAAAUACUCUAAAUAGUGAUUUAGCUGACAAAGCACGAGCACUCUUAACUACUGGAAGUUUGCGUGUUUCUGAACAGACAUUACAGUCAGCAUCUUCUAAAGUAUUAAAGAACAUGUGUGAAAAUUUCUACAAGUAUUCAAAGCCCAAGAAAAUUCGAGUCUGUGUUGGGACCUGGAAUGUGAAUGGUGGAAAGCAGUUUCGCAGCAUUGCUUUUAAGAAUCAGACCCUCACCGACUGGCUGCUGGAUGCACCCAAGCUAGCUGGCAUCCAGGAAUUUCAAGAUAAAAGAAGUAAACCAACUGAUAUAUUUGCAAUUGGUUUUGAAGAAAUGGUAGAGUUGAAUGCUGGAAACAUUGUGAAUGCAAGCACAACUAAUCAGAAGCUCUGGGCUGUUGAACUCCAGAAGACAAUCUCCCGAGACAACAAGUAUGUGCUGCUGGCUUCUGAGCAGCUGGUGGGCGUCUGCCUCUUCGUGUUUAUCAGACCACAGCAUGCUCCUUUUAUCAGGGAUGUUGCAGUUGAUACUGUGAAGACUGGAAUGGGAGGUGCAACUGGAAAUAAGGGGGCAGUUGCAAUCCGAAUGCUGUUCCAUACAACAAGCCUCUGCUUCGUCUGUAGCCACUUCGCUGCAGGGCAAUCACAAGUUAAAGAAAGAAAUGAAGAUUUUGUUGAAAUAGCACGGAAAUUGAGUUUUCCAAUGGGAAGGAUGCUGUUUUCCCAUGAUUAUGUAUUCUGGUGUGGUGAUUUCAACUAUCGAAUUGAUCUUCCUAAUGAAGAAGUUAAAGAGCUCAUAAGACAGCAAAAUUGGGAUACUCUCAUAGCAGGAGAUCAGCUUAUCAAUCAAAAAAAUGCUGGACAGAUUUUCAGAGGAUUUUUAGAGGGAAAAAUAACUUUUGCUCCUACAUACAAGUAUGAUUUGUUUUCUGAUGACUAUGACACCAGUGAAAAGUGCCGCACCCCAGCAUGGACAGACCGUGUCCUCUGGAGGAGGAGGAAGUGGCCUUUUGAUAGAUCAGCUGAAGAUUUAGAUCUUCUGAAUGCUAGUUUUCAAGAUGAAAGCAAAAUCCUCUACACCUGGACACCUGGCACUCUGCUGCACUAUGGAAGGGCUGAGCUCAAGACUUCUGACCACAGGCCUGUUGUUGCCCUUAUUGAUAUAGACAUAUUUGAAGUUGAAGCUGAAGAAAGGCAAAACAUUUAUAAAGAAGUGAUUGCAGUUCAAGGUCCACCAGAUGGUACUGUGUUAGUCUCAAUCAAAAGUUCCUCAACAGAUAAUUUUUUCGAUGAUGCUUUGAUUGAUGAACUGCUUCAGCAGUUUGCAAAUUUUGGGGAAGUCAUACUUAUAAGGAAUACUGAAUUGGAAUCGACCCUUGCAUUAAUGGGUCGCACUAUAACUAUUACUUUAAAAAGUCCUGACUGGAUCAAAACUUUAGAAGAAGAAAUGAGUUUGGAGAAAAUUAAUGUGCCAUUGCCAUCGUCGACCAGCUCUACUCUGCUUGGUGAAGACGCGGAGGUCACAGCAGAUUUCGAUAUGGAAGGUGAUAUCGAUGACUAUAGUGCUGAAGUGGAGGAGAUUCUUCCUCAGCAUCUCCAGCCUUCUUCAAGCUCUGGCCUUGGCACAUCACCGAGUUCUUCACCCCGGACCAGUCCCUGCCAGUCACCUACCAUCACAGAAGGUCCAGUACCGUCCCUCCCUGUCAGACCAAGUCGGGCACCGUCAAGAACACCAGGGCCUCCAAGUUCACAAUCUUCUCCUGUUGACACUCAGCCAGCAACUUUGCAACAAAAAGAUACUUCACAGAUUUUAGAGCCCAAAAGGCCGCCUCCUCCCCGCCCAGUGGCCCCUCCCUCUCGACCAGCGCCCCCACAGAGACCGCCUCCACCAUCAGGGGCUAGGAGUCCUGCACCGGCUAGAAAAGAAUUUGGAGGUGGUGGAGCCCCUCCCAGUCCUGGGGUAGCUAGGAGAGAGAUAGAAGCACCCAAAAGCCCUGGAAUGACACGGAAAGAUAACAUAGGACGAAGUCAGGCUCCACCCCAGGCAGGAAUCUCUGGCCCAGCCCCUGCUGGAUACAGUGCAGCCAGACCGACUAUCCCACCCCGUGCUGGAGUUAUCAGCGCCCCACAGAGCCACGCUCGCAUGUCUGCCGGAAGACUGACCCCUGAAAGCCAGAGCAAGCCGUCGGAAGCACCCAAAGGCUCAGCUCAUCUUCCAGAGCCUCUGAAGCCUCAGGCUGCCCUUCCUGUGCAGCUGCCUGGACCCCCACCUGUUCAGAAGAUGCAGGAACCUCUUGUCCCGGUGGCAGCACCUUUACCACAGUCUGCCCCACAACCAGUUUUGGAAGCUCCACCUCAACCACCGCCUCGAAGCAGAUCAUCUCAUAAUUUGCCUUCAGAGUCUUCCUCACAGCCACAACAGGAGCAACCAUCAGGGUAACAGGUAAAAACAAAUGGUGUCUCUGAUGUCAGGCCAGAGUCAUCGUCAAAGAAUGACCCAUUUGAAGAUCUGUCAUUUAAUCUGCUUGCUAUAUCAAAGCCUCAGUUAUCUGCUCAAGCAACACCUGCUAUAAUGCCUAACCCAAAAGGGUUGUUUCAGUUGCCUUCUGCAACACAAAGUAACAUUGAUACUCUGAGUUCUGUAGGUUGCAUGCCAACAAUACCUCCAAUUCCAGCCCGGAGUAAAUCCCAAGAAAAUAUCCGAAGUUCUCCGAACCCAUUUUUUACUAGCUUGACCAGCACAAAUCCUUUCUCUGACAGGACUGCUUCUGGAAACCCAUUCCGAGCACAGUCUCAAGAAUCAGAGGUCGCUUCAUGGUUUUCCACAGAGAGACCUGUUGCUAACAGGGCGUCCUCUUCCCUGCUGCCCCAAAGUCCCAACAAAAGCAGGCCUUCUUCUUCACUUGAUGGUUUUGAGGACAAUUUUGAUCUGCAGAGCCAAUCCUCAACUAAAAUUAGCAAUCCUAAAGGAUGGGUAACCUUUGAAGAAGAGGAGGAUUUUGGUGUGAAAAAGUCCAAGUCAUCUAGUCUAGGGUCACUGAGUAACCAGCCAGCCUCACUUUCUGGCGUGAACUUGUCCUUUAAUGAUGACUGGAAUAAAGGUACAAAUGUUUCUUUAUGUGUAUUGCCAUCAAGAAGACCACCCCCACCUCCCGUCCCUCCACCCGGUCCUGGCCCUUCCGGACAUCCCUUCUCCACCACGGCAUCAAAGUCAUCGCCCACCCUAGACUUUACAGAAAGGUAA